UUACAGAACAAAGAAAGGGGGAAAGGGACACCCUGCUCUGUUAACCGGGUAGGACGAAAAGCAGAAAUAAACUCUGGAAAUAACACGGAUUAAACAGCCCGGGAAAACUUGUGCUCGGAAGAUGUCGGCGUGAGGACGCGGAUUACGAUGUUUUAGCGGAGCGUGCGGCUAGCAUCGCGGAUGGGGAUUCGCGAGCGUUGCUGAUGGAUUAAACCCGGGAUUGACAGCGAGCAACAAGGCUAUUUAAUCGCUAAUUAAAGAGGCAUGGCUCAGAUGAGGAAGCUGGCAUGUGAUGGCAUCAGGACAACCCCCCGCGGCGAGCCGCAGGUCCCGUUGGUGUCAGCCAGACAGGAGAUCCUCACCAGCCUGGUGUCGGCUCUCGAUUCUGUGUGCACGGCGAUGGCUAAACUCAAUGCGGAGGUGGCGUGUGUGACGGUGCACGAAGACAGCGUGAUCGCCGUGGGAACAGAGAAGGGCCGAGUGUUCCUUAACUCCAGGAGGGAAAUUCAAACGGACUUCUACAAGUUUUGCCGGGCACCGUGUCUGCAGAGUCCCACCACAGCGAACACCCAUACCAAAGAACAGGAAGGUGACCUGAGCAAACUGAGUAAAGAUGGAGACCACGGCAAACCCAGAGCCUCAUCCGAAGUCCAGUCCAACAUCUUUGUCCUGAGGAAGAUGGUGGAAGAAGUCUUCACUGUACUUUACAGUGAGGCUGUGGGGAAAAGCAGCCUGCUCCCUGUGCCUUAUGAGUGGAUCCAGAAAGACCCGGGGUGUGUGGUGGCUCACGGUCUGCCUGAGGGAGUCGCCCUGAAGAAACCCUCCGAGUACGACACCAAGACGCUGAUGAAGAUUCUGGAGCAGAGUCACCGAAUCCACUUCACAGUGAAGAAACAAGCAGAGGAGUCGUCUCGAGAAGCCAAGUCGAGCGCAGAUGUCAGUAACGGCCCUUCCACCGCCGUCGUGUCUCAGAGCAGCCACGCUCCAGGAAAGACAUCUGCCCAGGCCGUCACCUCACCGAGUCCUGCCACCUGCAGCAACUCGGUUCUGUCAAACUUCCUGUACGGCAUGCCAAUGUCCUCCAAACCCCACCCGGAUGGCAAGCUGGACUUCAAGCCAACGUCCCUCCUCAACCUGGGCAAAGACCGGCUGGCCACCUGGCCAUCUGGGACGGACAAGGGCUCCUCUGUAAAGGACAGCGCCAGCAGCGACGAGCCAACACGACUGCCUGCUGAGCAGGGUCAGAGCCCCCCUGGUGUCCACAUCUCUAAGAGGCUCCUCUUCUCCAUCGUGCACGAAAAGUCAGAAAAAUGGGACUCGUUCAUUCGGGAAACCGAAGACAUCAACACUCUGAGGGAAUGUGUUCAGAUCCUGUUCAACAGCAGAUACGCUGAGGCGCUGGGUCUCGAUCACAUGGUCCCCGUCCCUUACCGUAAAAUCGCCUGCGAUCCAGGAGCCGUGGAGAUCAUCGGCAUCCCAGAUCAGAUCCCCUUCAAGAGGCCGUGCACGUAUGGGGUGCCCAAGCUCAAACGCAUCCUGGACGAGCGCCACGGUAUCCGAUUCAUCAUCAAAAGAAUGUUUGAUGAAAGGAUUUUCACCGCUGCUGGCAAGAUCGCGAAGGAGGAGGGAAGGCUUGACCUGGGCUCCACACCUGAAGACGGCUUCUCCGACUGUCUGAUCCUCCCGCCCACCGCCGCCGAGCUGGUCAGCAAUCCUCACAGCAGCAGAUCAACGAGUGCUUGUGUGAGUCCUCAAGCUGACUAUGAAGCAGGUCCUUCAGGUGACAGCAUUCCUCUGAGGAGGAUCAAAAUGGAGCCUCCAGACGGGGAAGGAGUUCAGAUUGCGGUGCCUGUCGAGGCGAGCACGAGCGGGGAGGAGCCCAGUGAGCCUGUGACCGAGCCCGUUUCAGGGCCGCCGUGUCCAUCGCCCCCUGCUCCCGCUGCUCCUCCAGCUCCCUCAGCUCCUCAUCAGCCGAUGGAGAGCCACUCAGCUGAAUCUGUGUCGCCCGGCGCAGCUCCUCAAACCAUCAGAAGACCCUCUGAAGCUGGGAGUCUGGUGGAGGACAUCGGUGAGAUGAUUCUUCAGCUUCGGAGACACGUGGAGAACCUCUUCAGCAUCAAGUUCGCCGAAGCUCUCGGCCUCCCUGAACCAGCCAAGGUGCCGUACUCCAAGUUCCAGAUGUACCCAGAGGAUCUGUACGUGACCGGGCUUCCAGAGGGAAUCUCCCUCCGGAGGCCCAACUGCUUCGGAGCGGCCAAACUGCGCAAGAUCUUAGCCGUCAGCAGCCAGAUCCAGUUUGUUAUCAGAAGGCCUGAGGUUCUAACGGAACACGUGAAGCAAGAGAUGCCGUCCAUGUGUGAAGCAGAGCUGGACGCCAAGGACGCAGCGCCGGUAACGGAGGACGCCGCAGCUUUAUCCAAGAGGCCGGGGUUCUCAGAGUGCAUGGAGUCCAAGCUGUCCAGGAUCGACCUGGCCAACACGCUGCGGGAGCAGGUCCAGGAUCUGUUCAACAGGAAGUACGGCGAGGCGCUGGGCAUCAAGUACCCCGUCCAAGUGCCUUACAAGAGGAUCAAGAACAACCCCGAUUCAGUCAUCAUCGAAGGCCUGCCCCCUGGGAUCCCCUUCAGGAAGCCCUGCACCUUCGGCUCGCAGAACCUGGAGAGGAUCCUGGCGGUCGCCGACAAAAUCAACUUCACCAUCAUGAGACCUUUUCAAGGACUUAUUCCCAAACCAGCGCCUCGGAGAGUCACGCUACUAAAGAAGGCCUACGCCUCGAUAAGCGACGAAGACGACAUCAACCGCAUGGGGGAGAAAGUCGUCCUCCGAGAACAAGUCAAGGAGCUGUUCAACAAGAAAUACGGCGAAGCUCUGGGGUUGGACCGCUCCGUCGUGGUUCCGUACAAACUGAUCCGCGGCAGUCCGGAGUCUGUGGAGGUCAGCGGGCUUCCAGACGACGUCCCCUUCAGGAACCCCAACACCUACGACAUCGUGUGUCUGGAGAAGAUCCUCCAAGCUGCAGAUGAAGUCGCGUUCAGCAUCAAGAGCCAGCUGCAGCCGUUUGCAGAACUCUGCAGCCAGGCCUGUAACACAGCCGCAACGAACGCCUCCACCAACCGGCGAAAACGCAAGCGAGUCCAGGAGAGCAGCCGGGUUCCCGCCUCCUCCGAGCUCGGGAUCUCCACCAAUCAGAUUCCAGUCAUGCAGUGGCCCAUGUACAUGGUGGACUACAGCGGACUCAACGUUCAGGUCCCUGGGAAGGUCAACUACUGA